AUGGCGAAAUCGGCAUUCUCGAUUCGGAUGUGGCCACCCCCGGAAUUAAUGGGGAUGGAAUGCCGCGACAGUUCAAUUGGCUUUCAACCCUUGGAAUUUCUUUCUCGAUCACGAACUCCUGGGCAGGGUACAUGCAACUUUGGCCAGAUCCUGGCUUAUGGCGGUCCUCGACUAGUGAUAUUUGGAUCUAUCUGCGCCUUUGUCGUUCAAAUCAUUGUAAUUCUCGGGCUUAGUGAGCUGGCAUCGGCCUUUCCGUCCGACCAAGUCGAAAAGGUUCUCUGCCUUCGUUGUCGGAUAUCCGCCGAUCGACAAGGUCCUGAUCAUCGUUGCAGAUCUUCCGGUAUCCAGAUGGUUACGGCCUCCGUUGCGGGUAUAGUCAAGUUUUGGCACGCAGAGUAUAUGGCCGCCCAAUGGCACAUAUACCUGAUAUAUCUUGCUAUAUCACUGCUCACAUUAGCUAACCCACUAGUGAUACCGAUAUUUUUGGCUCCGAGUAAAGUCAACUGGACGGCUCAGACGGCUCUCUUCCUAUCCCUUACGGGCAUGGCCCUCAUUAUCAUCAUCACACUGGGUAUGUGUCAGGAAAAACAACCAGCAUCUUUUCUGCUGCAACCUGGAUACGGGAGAUCUGGCUGGAAUGAAGGUACUGCCUGGAUGCUGGGCGUGAUGAAUACGAUGUAUUCUAUGACUGGGAUCGAUGGUGCUAUUCACAUUAGCGAAGAGCUCCCUCAACCAGAGAAGCGUGUUCCUCAGGCCAUGACAAUGAGUGUAAUUCUGAGUCUCGCUACCUGUCUUCCAUUGUCUGUUGCACUGGUGUUCUGCAUGUCCGACAUGGAAGCGGUGGUGAACUCGGAACUCCCAAGCUUGGAACUGAUCUAUCAGGCUACGAAGAGCAAGGGCGUUACUACCUUUCUGUCAGUGUGGCUCUUGAUUGUCUAUGCUGCAAGAUACUUUGCCAAAGUUGACGACAAGUUAAAGUUCCCUGAUCGCACCACGGUCGCUAGCUUUGGCUUUGUCGCUAUCUAUAGCCUGCUAUACUUGGUUUCCUCAGGCGCUUUCAACAUUAUCACCAAUAGUGCGAUUCUCUUCCUCCACAUAACUUACGUGGUACCUCAGGGAAUAGUUUUGAUUUCAGGAAGAGCGCGCACGCUACCACGUCGAUAUUUGAACCUCGGCUGCCUCGGCUAUCUCUGCAACGCCUUUGUCAUCUUGUGGAUUGUUAUACUUGGAGUAUUCGUCUGCCUGCCCCUUGGGUUACCGGUAGAAGCCGAGUCGAUGAAUUAUACAUCUCCCGUGCUAAUUGGUCUGUUUGGCCUUGUGAUCAUGUUGUGGUAUGGACUAGGAAGGAUAGCAUUCCAGGGACCCCAGAUUGACAAGAGCAUAAUGCAGGAGGUAAAUUCUGGUCUCAAUCAGCAAGUUAUAUUCGAUACUCUAUACCGUGAGCGGGAACAGACGGUCUGGAUACUGCUUCGAGGUCUGUACGACAGUGAUAAGAGAGACUCUCCGAUAGACAAAGUGUGUCCUGAGUACAGACCCUGUCAUUCCGAGACAUUGAACGGGUGCAAUUUAGCUCGGGCAUUCACUUCGGAAAGGUGGCAUAAAUGUUGCCUGCGUCAGAGUGGCAUCAACCGCCCUUUUGCUAUAAAGAUCACCCGGGAAGCUUCAGGCCCCCGUCCCCUCCCCUUUCCCCUCCUAUCCAUUCUUUCCGCAUCCUCCCGACAACGCUUAAAUCUCACCGUGGACUCACCUCUCUCUAGCCAAGAAUCGCUCCCAGCCAUGGAUGCCCACCUUGAUCUUACUCUACCUUCGACCUGCCCGGAACUUCACCAAAGCAGUAAUUCCAACUGGGAUGAUGCCUCUUUUGCUCUCUAUUCCAUGGUCGAACUGUCUUCCGAGGACUUGGAUAAGCUGUCCACCGCCCUCAACCGGGAGUGGAAGCAGGAGAUGACUGACGAAGCGAUGCCGCUUGUUCGCACCCCUACCGUGUACGACUUCAAAGGGAAAAGCCUCGAAGACGUCGUCCGGGCUCAUGUGGAGCUGGACAAGGAAUUCACUCCGCGUGAUGAUGGUGGUGCGGAAGGCGACAUUCAUUGGUACCCCACGGCUUUUGUCGUUGUCACCACUCGCGAGUGGGAAGAACAAGGACUCUUGUUGGUGUACGCGGACGUCGAGCAGAAGGAAUGUCCCAUAGACAAGUUCCUUUUUCACAUCGACGUUGCUAAUGUCCUGGCCCUCAUCCUGCAAGUUCAAUUGGGAAUUGGGGCAUGGAAUGAUAGCUGGCAUGGAGUGAUAGCUUAG